CGCUCUGAGAGACGAAGCUGAAGACCUUCAUAACAAUGGCUCCGAUUCCGCCAGACAACGGCGUGGAAGGAGACGAUGAGCGCGACGAGGAGGAAGAAGAGGAGGAAGAAGUAGAAGAAGAAGAGGAGGAAGAGGAAGAGGAAGAGGAGGAGGAGGAGGAGCCGAGGCUCAAGUACCAGCGAAUGGGAGGCAGCAUUCCGACGCUGCUAGCGAACGACGUCGCUUCGUGUAUCGCCGUCGCCGAGCGGAUGAUCGCGCUCGGGACGCACGGCGGGACCAUUCAUAUUCUUGAUUUUCUCGGCAAUCAGGUUAAGGAAUUUUCUGCUCAUACUGCUGCUGUGAACGAUCUUAGCUUUGACAUAGAAGGUGAAUAUAUAGGAAGCUGUUCAGAUGAUGGGUCUGUUGUAAUAAACAGCCUUUUUACAGAUGAGAAAAUGAAGUUUGAGUAUCGUCGCCCUAUGAAGGCUAUUGCUCUAGAUCCAGAAUAUGCAAGAAAAUCAUCCAGAAGAUUUGUAGCUGGUGGGCUCGCAGGCCAUUUAUACUUGAAUACAAAGAGAUGGCUAGGGUUUAAAGAUCAGGUUUUGCAUUCUGGUGAGGGUCCAAUACAUGUGGUGAAGUGGAGAUCAAGUCUCAUUGCUUGGGCUAAUGAUGCAGGUGUGAAAGUAUAUGAUACUGCAAAUGAUCAGCGGAUAACAUUCAUAGAAAGACCACGUGGAAGCCCACGUCCUGAGCUUUUGCUGCCUCACUUAGUUUGGCAGGAUGACACACUGUUGGUCAUUGCUUGGGGAACAUCAAUCAAAAUCACAUCAAUAAAAACAAAUCAGGCUAGAGCAGCCAAUGGUUCAUAUAGGCCUGUCCCAGUUUCCAGUAUGAACCAGGUGGAUAUUGUGGCAUCCUUUAGUACCAGCUAUUUCAUUUCGGGAAUUGCCCCUUUCGGUGAUUCUUUGGUUGUUCUAGCUUAUAUCCCUGGUGAAGAAGAUGGGGAGAAGGAAUUUAGUAGUUCUGUUCCAUCACGUCAGGGAAAUGCACAGAGACCAGAAGUACGCAUUGUUACAUGGAAUAAUGAUGAACUUUCAACAGAUGCGCUACCUGUACAUGGCUUUGAGCAUUACAAGGCAAAGGACUAUUCACUGGCUCAUGCUCCUUUCUCAGGUAGCAGCUAUGCUGGUGGUCAGUGGGCUGAAGGUGAUGAACCGCUGUACUAUAUCGUAUCACCAAAGGAUGUGGUCAUAGCAAAACCCAGAGAUACGGAAGAUCAUAUUGCUUGGCUUCUUCAACAUGGUGCACACGAAAAAGCUUUGGCUGCAGUUGAAGCUGGCCAGGGACGAAGUGAACUUCUCGAUGAGGUUGGUUCUAGAUACCUUGAUCAUUUGAUUGUGGAAAGAAAAUAUGCGGAAGCGGCAUCGUUGUGUCCCAAAUUGUUGCGAGGAUCAGCUUCUGCCUGGGAAAGAUGGGUUUUCCACUUUGCUCAUCUGCGUCAACUUCCAGUACUUGUGCCAUAUAUACCAACAGAGAACCCAAGAUUACGUGAUACUGCAUAUGAGGUUGCUCUUGUAGCUAUUGCUACAAACCCCUCUUUUCAUAAGGAGCUCUUGUCAACUGUCAGAUCUUGGCCACCUGUGAUUUAUUCUUCAUUACCUGUAAUCUCUGCUAUAGAACCUCAGCUCGACACAUCCUCCAUGACAGAUGCUCUUAAGGAGGCACUAGCAGAGUUGUAUGUCAUUGAUGGGCAAUAUGAGAAAGCCUUUUCACUAUAUGCUGAUCUUAUGAACCCAAAUGUAUUUGCCUUCAUCGAAAAACACAAUCUGUAUGAUUCGAUUCGGGAAAAGGUCGUUCCACUGAUGAUGCUGGAUUGCAAGCAAGCUGUUCCUUUAUUGAUUCAAAAUAAGGACUUAAUUACCCCAUCUGAAGUUGUCAAACAACUUUUGAAUGCGAGUGAUAAGUGUGAUUCCAGAUAUUACUUGCAUCUAUAUUUGCAUUCACUGUUUGAAGUAAACCCUCAUGCCGGAAAAGAUUUCCAUGACAUGCAGGUAGAGCUUUAUGCAGACUAUGAUUCAAAGAUGCUGCUUCCUUUUCUCCGUAGUAGUCAACAUUAUACACUUGAGAAGGCACAUGAAAUUUGCACCAGAAGGGAUCUUGUAAAGGAGCAAGUUUUCAUUCUUGGAAGAAUGGGAAAUGCAAAACAAGCUCUUGCUAUAAUCAUUAAUAAACUAGGUGACAUUGAAGAGGCUGUAGAGUUUGUGAAUAUGCAACAUGAUGAUGAACUGUGGGAGGAAUUGAUUCAGCAGUGUCUUCAUAAACCUGAGAUGGUCGGCGUGCUAUUGGAGCACACUGUUGGAAAUCUUGAUCCUCUGUAUAUUGUGAAUAUGGUUCCUAAUGGACUGGAGAUUCCUCGGCUCAGGGAUAGGCUAGUCAAAAUUGUCACCAAUUACAGGACUGAAACAUCUCUAAGACAUGGGUGUAAUGACAUCCUUAAGGCUGAUAUUGUGAACCUCUUGGUCAAAUACUACAAUGAGGCAAAACAUGGAAUUUACUUGAGCAAUGAAGAAGAUGAGGCACGAGCAAAAAGAAAUGAUGGUAGGACUUCUCAAGUAAUUGAGAAAUCACCUGGUGUGAGAAGUAUGGAGGUUAAAUCAAAACCUAAGGGCGGUGCAAGGUGUUGCAUCUGUUUCGAUCCGUUUUCUAUACAAAGUGUUAAUGUCAUUGUUUUCUUUUGCUGUCAUGCUUAUCACAUGAAUUGUCUUAUGGAUUCCGCCUAUUCUAGUGGAAUUAAUGGGAGUGGGAUCACUUCCCAGGAGAGAGUUACAGAUUACGGGUAUGAUGAUAGUGAUGAGGAUGAUGAUGGUGAUGAUGGUCCCCAAACGGGUGGCUCUCGCAUGCGUUGUAUCUUAUGUACUACUGCUAGUGGAGCUUAGUGUGAUAUGUGCACUCAGUUGUGCUUGAUUUGCUUGCAUGCUUAUUUAUCUUUUUAGGUUCAGUUUUGUGAGCGUGAAAGGCGCCCCUCCUAUCGGUUCUUUGUUGUGCCUAAUUUAUCGUGUAUAGCGGUUUUUUAUUUUAUUUUUUGGUGAUCUUUGAGGAUUGUGGUCACGAGGGCUACUUUCUAGUGCACAUUUGUUUGAGUUGAUAUGUACAUGUUCUUUUCAUGUUUUUACCUCACUGAGUUGAUAUGUACCUCAGUGUUUGUAAAUGGUA